CAUCCGCCAGCUCUCACUCUCCGCAACCCUAGCUAGUUUCGCACUCUCACGUAUCGCAGAACCGCGCCUCCAUCUCUUACCUGCGCCGCUGCUCCGAGCGUCAUGUCGCGGCCUGCCGAGCAGGACCGGAAUCAGGAUGCCACGUGCUACGUGGGCAACCUCGACGAGCGCGCCAGCGAUGCGCUGCUCUGGGAGCUGAUGCUGCAGGCCGGUCCCAUCGUCAACGUGCACCUGCCCAAGGACCGCAUCACGUCGGCGCACCAGGGCUACGGGUUCGCCGAGUACGCCACCGAGGGCGACGCCGACUAUGCCUGCCGCAUCCUCAACGGCAUCAAGCUCUUCGGCAAGCCGCUGCGCGUCAACAAGGCGAGCAGCGACCGCAAGCAGAUCGACAUUGGCGCCAACUUGUUCGUCGGCAACCUGGACUCGGGCGUCGACGAGCGCCUGCUGUGGGAGACGUUCCAGACGUUUGGCCCGGUGGUCGGCCUGCCGAAGGUGGCACGCGACCCCGAGACGAACGCUUCCAAGUCGUACGGCUUCGUCUCGUACGACUCCUUCGAGGCGGCCGAUGCAGCCAUCGAGGCGCUGAACAACCAGUUCCUGCUGAACCGCGCCAUCACGGUGGCCUAUGCGCUCAAGAAGGACGGCAAGGGCGGCGAGCGGCACGGCACGGCCGCCGAGCGGCUGCUGGCGGCGCAGGCACGCAAGAACAACGCCAUGCCUGUGCGCCCGCAACUCGGCUCGUGGGCGCAGCCGCCGCCGGGCGCACCGCCGGGAUGGGGAGCGAUGGACGGCGGCAUGCCGGGUGGCCCACCACCGCCGCCGCCUGGAGGCCCGCCGCAGUUCGGUGCGCCGAUGGGCUUUGACCCCUACGCCGGCCCACCACCAGGCGGCAUGGUGCCGCCGCCACCCGCUGGCUACCCAGGCCCGCCGCCGAUGGGCAUGCCGCCGAUGGGCCCGCCGGGCUUCAUGACGGGCAGCAACAACGCGCCGCUGGGCGCACGGCAAUAGCUGCCGCAUGGCGAGAGGAGGAGCGCAGGACAGGUUCUGUAUUGGAGUGCGCGUGCAGCGACACGCGCCAGGGCGCUGUCAAUCAUCAUGGGGACACGCCCUCGUCAUCAUCAGCACAGAGCACAGAGGGGCAGAGGAGCGCAGCACAGAAGUAUAGAUAUUGGCG